CUGAGCAAUCGCAAGCUCUGGGACGCUCGACACUCACCUCACCAGUACGCUGGUAGGGGCGGCAGCGGGCGGACACGAUGCGUCACAGGAAGACAGCUCAGCCGGGCAGACGCACGACUUCAGGCCCCACCGUCACCAAGAUGGGAGCAACCGACGGGACAGACCUGCACUUCGCCGCUGAAGCUGGCCAGGCAGACGCAGUCAAGCAGCUCAUAGCGAAGGGCUGCAGCGUGGAGGCCGCUGCAGUAGACGGCCAGACUGCGCUUCACUUCGCCGCGCGAGGGGGACAUCUUGACGUCGUCCGACUCCUCGUCGAAAAGGGGUGCGACAUGCGGGCUGCUUCGAGGGACGGUCGGACUGCACUUCACUUGGCCUCUGAGAAAGGGAAUCUCGGCGUGGUCCAGCUGCUUCUGGAGAAAGGGGGCGAGGUCGACGCGCCGACGAAAGCCGGGUGGACUUGCCUCCACUUCGCCGCUGAAAAGGGCCAUCUUGGUGUAAUGAGACUGCUCGUGGAAAAAGGGUGCAACUUGCAGGCUGCGACGAAGAGACGGCAGACUGCCCUGGGCCUGGCCGUGCGCCACGAGCACGUUGAGGCGGUCAGACUGCUGGUGGAAAGUGGCUGCGUGGUGCGGGCGGGGGCGAGGGACAGCCAGGCCGCACUUCACUUGGCUGUUGACUGUGGUGACGACGAUUUGGCCAUACUUCUAGUGGAGAAGGGUUGCGGCGUUUCGGACAAAUGCGGCAAGGAGGCAUUUCACUAUGCGAGUCGCGAUGGUGAUAUCAAGUUGGUGAAAUUGCUGAUAGAUAAGGGGUGUGAUAUCAUGGCGGCGGAAGGGGAUGGUGAAACCGCUUUUCACAUGGCCGUUCGAUACCGCCGGACGGAUGUGGCCAAGCUGCUGGUGGAAAGUGGAUGCAACGUCCAUGCGACGACACGGGACGGCCAAAAUGCACUUCACGUCGCCGCUCAAAGAGGCCUUCUGGAUGUCGCUGAACUGCUGAUCGAAAAGGGAGUCGAUGUGGAAGCCACUUCGAAACACGGAGAGACAGCGAUCUACCUCGCUGCUCAAGGGGGCGCUCUCGACGUGGCCAAGCUGCUCAUCGAAAAGGGGUGCGACUUGAACGCUGUGACAAAAGACGGCGAGACUGCAGUUCAUCGUGCUGCCGGAGGGGAUCACCUUGACGUAGUCAAACUGCUCCUAGAAAAAGGGUGCGACGUGAAUGCAACCACGAAAGACGGCCGGACAGCUCUGCACUUUGCAACAGACGAGUGCAGCAUAGAGGUCGUCCGACUACUCUUAGAUCAAGGCUGCGAUGCGGCCGUGGUGUCCGAAGAGGGUUUCACCGCGCUCCACCUUCCGCUUCGUUGGUGCUACGUCGAUGAUGAGAAAAGGCAACUGGUGCGGCUGCUCCUUGAAAAAGGCAGCGCCGAUAAUGUAGUUUCAGCGAAAGGCUGGACUCCUCUUCACUUUGCGUCCGAGUUUGGCGAGCUAGACCUCGUCAGCCUGCUCAUCGAAAGGAAGUGUGACGUUUCUGCGACGGCUUUAGACGGAAAGACUGCCCUGCACUGUGCCGCUCGCAGUGGCCACGUUGAAGUGCUGAAGCUGCUUUUGGAGAAGGGGUGCGACGUGUCAGCGGCAACAGCAGACGGCCAGACAGCACUCCACGUUGCUAUUCUCCACCACAGUCGAGAGGCAGCCAAGUUGCUCAUAGAAAAGGGCUGCGACGUGAGAGCGAGGACGAAGGCCGGCCAGACUGCGCUUCACUGCGCUGCCACGGAUGGCUGGAAGGAGGAAGUGAACAUGCUCCUUGAAAGGGGCAGCGAACUGGAGGCGACCGCGGAAGGCUCCACUGCUCUCCUCUUGGCGUUAACUGGCGGCCACCUGAACGUGGCCAAACUUCUCGUGGAGAAGGGCAGCGACGUGAAGGUUGCAUCGGAAGACGGCGAGACUCCGCUCCACUUUGCCGCAGACCAGGGCCACCUCGACUUGGCCGAACUGCUCGUGGAGAGAGGGUGCGACGUGGACGCGGCGGCAGGCGACGGCCGGACUGCCCUCCACUGCGCCGCGGAGCACCGCAGGCUGUCCGUGGUCCGCGUGCUCACGCAGGCAGGCUGCCGCGCGGACGCGGCCUCCAGGGACGGCCAGACGGCCCUCCACCUGGCGGCCGCCAAGGGCCACCUCGACACCGCCACUCUGCUCGCGGACCAGGGCUGCGACCUGGGGGCCGCCGACGAGCAGGGUCGCACUGCCCUCCACCGCGCUGCCGCCGAGGGCCACCUCGAUGUGGCCAAGCUGCUCGCGGGGAGAGGGUGCGACGUGGACGCGGCGACGGAAGACGGUCGCACGGCUCUGCACCUUGCUGCCGGCAAAGGCCACCUGGAGAUGCUCAAGCUGCUCAUGGAGAGGGGCUGCGACGCGCGUGCGUCCGCAAAGGACGGGCAGACUGCUCUGCACGCGGCCUCCAGGAAUCGCAGGGUUGCUGCGGUCAACCUGCUCCUGGAAAAGGGUCUCGACGUCGACGCUGCCGCCACGGACGGCAGGACCGCCCUCCACGUUGCCGCCGAGCGGGGCCUCCUUGACGUGGCCAAGGUCCUCGUCAGGAAGGGGUGCGACGUCGACGCGGCCGCGGAGGACGGACAGACCCCUCUCCAUGUGGCCGCACUCAACAACUGCCGAGGCGUUGUCAAACUACUCAUUGACAGUGGGUGCGACGUCAAUGCGCAAACCAAAGACGGCCGCACUGCUCUCAACAUGGCCAUCUUGAACGGGCACUCGGCGGUGGCGAAGCUGCUCGUGCAAGCGGGGUGCGGUGUGGAGUCGAAGACUGAAGACGGCCGGACUGCCUUCCUGCUGGCCGCCUGCAAGGGCGACCUCGGCGUCCUCAAAGUGCUGCUGGACAGAGGGUGCGACUCCAGGGCGGUGGCCGCGCGCGGCGAGACCGCCCUGCACUGGGCCUGUGCGAGCGGCAGGCUGGACGCGGUCAAGCUGGUCCUGAGGCGGGGCUGCGACGUGGACGCGGCCACUGCAGACGGCGAGACCGCUCUGCACUGGGCCUGUGCGAAUGGCAGGCCUGCCAUCGUCAGGCGCGUCUUGAAGAGGCGCUGCGACGUCAACGCGGCGACGGCCGACGGCCGGACGGCUGUGCACUUCGCCGCGCAGAAAGGCCACCUCGGAGUGGUGAAGCUGCUCAUGGAACAGGGGUGCGACGUGGGGGCCAAGACGAGAGGCGGUGACACUGCACUCAGCUUUGCCUCUGAGAAUGGCAAUCUAGCGAUAAUUAGUCUACUCACAGGAAAUAAAUGUGAUUUGUCUGCUGAAGCAAGCUAGAAAUAAAGCAGAUUUCUAUUCGUU